GCUCAGAAGAUCUCCCGGUUAGGCCGGGCUGUGCCCCCCAACUUCUCUCCCCCACCGAUUUGCCACCACUGCCCGCAAUGCUUUGCAGCUGAUGCCUCGCCGGAGCAGCCAAGAUGGGGUUUUUGCACCAGUUGUAUCUCUUGCUAUGGAAGAAUGUAACCCUCAAGCGACGGAGUCCGUGGGUGCUGGCUUUCGAGAUCUUCAUCCCUUUGGUCCUCUUCUUCAUUCUGCUGGGGCUACGACAGAAGAAACCCACCAUCCCUGUGAAAGAAGUCUCAUACUACACAGCAGCCCCUCUCACCUCUGCUGGGAUCUUGCCAGUGAUGCAAUCCCUGUGUCCCGAUGGACAGCGAGAUGAAUUUGGCUUCUUGCAAUAUUCCAACUCCACAGUAACGCAGUUGCUGGAGCGGCUCAAUGAAGUGGUGGAGAAGAGUAACCUGUUUGAUCCAGAUCAUGCUGGCCUGGAGGAGGAGCUGGAGUCCUUACGGCGCCACCUGGAGUCUCUCAGCAGCAGUGAACCCAACACCAUGGAGACUCAUUUCAGCAACCGGGCAGCCCCUGGCUUCACGCUGGACUCUACUGCCAAGGACAAGCUGGAGUUCCAACGGUUCCUCAUGCAGAACCUUUCUCUAUCCAACGAGACUGCUGAGCUGUUGGCAGGGUCCAAAAUUAACCUCAAAGAGGUUUACCGACUGUUUUUUGGCACCUCUCCGGUCUCCGCAGAGGGUUUCCACGAGCCAUGGGACCAAUUCAGCACAGCUGAGAAGCUGCUUCAUCUGGAGGAGAGUCUUCUGGGCAGCUGGAGGACUGUGGAAGAUGGGCUGGUCCGCCAGGCUUUGCGCCAUCCUCAGAAGGGCUCCCACAAGCAGGCCUUCCUGCACCUCCUUUCUCAUGCCUUGGGCCUUGCUAGCCCUACUGCAGAGUCUUCCAGUACCUACAGCCCCCAAACCUUUGUAAAAGACAUGGAGAACAUCCUUUUCACGGCUGCUGUGCUGGAGAGCCUCACCUGCCAGCAGAACCAGGAUGAGCUGAGGCGCAUCCUGGUUGUUCCAGAGAGCCAGCUCCCUCUUCUGCGAGCGUACCAAGCCACCGCCUGCAAUAAGAGCACCAGCCUGCGCAAGGAGUAUUUUGGACAGCUGGCUGCAGAGUUGAAGGAGCAGCUGGAUGCUCACAAGAUCAUCAGCCAGCUGAAACUUGACGAGGUGAACAGCACGGCGGCCAGGAACCGUCUCCACACUGUGCUGGAGGACCUGAUGGAGAUGGAGAACGUCUUGAAGGACGUGGACAUCCUCUCGGCGCUCGCCAAGCUCCUCCCCAAGGGUGCCUGCACCUCCAAAGCGCCCACCACCACCUCCAACAGCACCAGCUCCACCGGGAACUUCACCUCCAGCACCAAUUCCAGCGCUGAGGAGGGCAAGGGGGAGAGUGAGGCACCCACAGAGAACCCCCAAGGGCAAUGCUCGGCCUUCGUCCAGCUCUGGGCCGGCCUGCAGCCCAUCCUCUGCGGCAACAACCGGACCAUUGAGCCAGAGGCCCUGAAACAGGGCAACAUGAGCUCUCUGGGAUUCACCAGCAAAGAGCAGCGGAAUCUGGGCCUUCUCGUUCACCUCAUGACCAGCAACCCAAAGAUCCUCUACGCUCCUGUGGGCACAGAAGUGGACAAGGUCAUCCUGAAGGCCAACGAGACCUUUGCCUUCGUCGGGAACGUGACUCACUAUGCCCAAGUAUGGAUGAACAUGUCAGCGGAGAUCCGCAGUUUCCUGGAAGAGGGCAGGCUGCAGCAACGGAUUAGCAGGCUGCAGCAGAUCGCUGCAGAUCUUCGCAAGCACCCCGAAAUCCUGAACGUGUCAGAUGGUGACCUGCUUCACAACUUCUUGGACAGUAACUUCUCUUUGCCCAACGCCAGUGUGCUCCUGCAGCAGCUGGACACCAUUGACAAUGCAGCCUGUGGCUGGAUUCAGUUCAUGUCCAAGGUCAGCGUGGACAUCUUUAAGGGCUUUCCGGAUGAGGAGAGCAUUGUCAACUACACUCUCAAUCAAGCCUACCAAGACAAUGUCACUGUUUUUGCCAGUGUGAUCUUCCAAACAAACAAGGACGGCACCCUCCCUCCUCAUGUCAUGUACAAGAUCCGGCAAAAUUCCAGCUUCACAGAAAAGACCAAUGAGAUCCGUCGUGCGUAUUGGCGGCCUGGCCCAAACACCGGGGGCCGUUUCUACUUCCUUUACGGCUUUGUCUGGAUCCAGGAUAUGAUGGAGCGAGCCAUCAUCAACACCUUCGUAGGCCACGAUGUGGUUGAACCUGGAAACUACGUGCAGAUGUUUCCAUACCCGUGCUACACCCGCGAUGACUUUCUGUUCGUUAUUGAGCACAUGAUGCCCCUCUGCAUGGUCAUCUCCUGGGUUUACUCAGUAGCAAUGAUGAUUCAGCAUAUUGUAGCAGAGAAGGAGCACCGCUUGAAGGAGGUGAUGAAAAUGAUGGGGCUGAACAACGCAGUGCAUUGGGUGGCCUGGUUUAUCACAGGGUUUGUCCAGCUUUCUAUCUCAGUCACAGCACUGACUGCCAUCCUCAAGUAUGGGAAGGUUCUGAUGCACAGUGACGUCUUCAUAAUUUGGCUGUUCCUUGCCAUCUAUGCUGUGGCUACCAUCAUGUUCUGCUUCCUGGUGUCAGUGCUGUAUUCCAAAGCCAAGCUGGCUUCGGCCUGUGGCGGCAUCAUCUACUUUCUCAGCUACGUCCCUUACAUGUACGUCGCCAUCCGGGAAGAAGUGGCGCAUGACAAGAUUACCGCAUUUGAGAAGUGCAUUGCUUCCCUGAUGUCCACCACUGCCUUUGGUCUGGGCUCUAAGUACUUUGCCCUCUACGAGGUGGCUGGUGUGGGCAUCCAGUGGCAUACCUUCAGCCAGUCGCCCGUGGAGGGGGAUGACUUCAACCUUCUCCUUUCCAUGAUGAUGUUGAUCAUUGACGCCGUAGUCUAUGGGGUGCUGACGUGGUACAUUGAGGCUGUACACCCAGGAAUGUAUGGACUUCCCAGGCCCUGGUACUUCCCCUUUCAGAAAUCCUACUGGCUGGGAAAUGGGCGCACAGAGACAUGGGAGUGGACAUGGCCCUGGUCACGAACCACCCGCCUGAGUGUCAUGGAGGAAGACCAAGCUUGUGCCAUGGAGAACAGGAGGCUGGACGAGACUCGUGGGAUUGAGGAGGAGCCGACCCACCUUCCACUGGUGGUUUGUGUGGACAAACUGACCAAGAUCUACAAGACAGACAAGAAGUUGGCUUUGAACAAGCUGAGCCUCUACCUCUACGAGAACCAGGUGGUCUCUUUCCUGGGCCACAACGGAGCUGGCAAGACCACAACCAUGUCCAUCCUGACAGGCCUCUUCCCUCCAACCUCUGGCUCUGCUACCAUUUACGGCCACGACAUCCGGACGGAGAUGGAUGAGAUUCGGAAGAACCUGGGCAUGUGCCCACAGCACAACGUGCUUUUUGACAAGCUGACUGUGGAGGAGCACCUGUGGUUCUACUCGCAGCUCAAGGGCAUGGCAGAAGAGGAGAUACGCAAGGAGAUGGACAAGAUGAUUGAAGACCUGGAGCUGACCCACAAGUGCCACUCCCUGGUGCAGACACUGUCAGGAGGGAUGAAGAGGAAGCUGUCGGUGGCCAUUGCCUUUGUCGGAGGGUCCCGGGCUGUCAUCUUGGACGAGCCCACUGCUGGCGUGGACCCCUAUGCACGGAGAGCUAUUUGGGACCUCAUCCUCAAAUACAAACAAGGAAGGACCAUCCUCCUGUCCACACACCACAUGGAUGAGGCUGACCUCCUGGGUGACCGCAUUGCCAUCAUCUCUCAUGGGAAGCUGAAGUGCUGUGGGUCCCCCCUCUUUCUGAAGAGCACCUAUGGUGACGGGUACAAGCUUACUGUCGUUAAGAAGCAGUCGGACGCCCGAGCCAAUGCUGACUCUGGGCAGACUCACAGCUCUCCCUGCCAGUCUUCCAUCAGCCCUUGCUCCGAAGCACGAGUCACACAGUUCAUCAAGAAGUAUGUUGCUUCCUGCCUCCUCAUCUCUAACACCAACACAGAGCUCUCCUACAUCCUCCCCAGUGAAGCAGUCAAGAAGGGCUGUUUCGAAAGGCUCUUCCAGCACCUGGAGCACAGUUUGGAUGACCUAGACCUGACCAGUUUUGGGCUGAUGGACACCACCCUGGAAGAGGUUUUCCUCAAGGUCUCAGAGGAAGACCAAUCUCUGGAAAACAGUGAUGUCGAUGUGAAAGAGUCCCAAAAGGACACCUUCCCUCUGCCUGACUCCCAACUGGGCCCCAAGGCUGAGGCUAAUGGGGAACUCCUCCUAGGGGCAGAGACGCUUGAGAAGCCUGAGGCAGACCAGGGGAACCUGCAGGCCUGUUCCCAGCUCACCCAGUCUCAGACGUCACUGCAGUCGUCGUCCUCAGCUGGCUCUGUGAGAGGCGAUGAAGGUGGGGCUUAUUCGGAGUUCUAUGGGGAUUACUCUCCGUUGUUUGAUAACCCGCAAGACCCUGAUAACGCCAGUCUGCAAGACCCAGAGGCGGACCUGGAUGAACAUGCGCUGGUGGGGCAGGGGAGCAUCAAGCUGGAGGGCUCUUGGCUCAAGCUGCGCCAAUUCCAUGGGCUCAUCGUCAAGCGGUUCCACUGUGCCAAGCGGAACACCAAGGCUCUCUUCUCCCAGAUCCUGCUGCCUGCGUUCUUCGUCUGUGUAGCCAUGACAGUGGCGCUCUCCGUGCCUGAGAUAGGAGACCUGCCUCCUCUCAUCCUCUCGCCAUCCCAGUACCACAACUACACCCAACCCAAAGGCAACUUCAUCCCAUAUGCCAACGAGGAACGGCAUGAAUACCGGUUCAAGCAGUCAGCGGAUGCGAAGCCCCAGCAGUUGGUCGAGACCUUCUACCGUCCCUCGGGGGUGGGGGCCACCUGUGUGCUCAAGACGGCUUUCAACAGCACAUUGGACCAGCUGGUGCAAUCCCUGAACCUCAACAGCAACGAGUCAAAGAUGCUGGCGGCAAAGUACUUUGAUGCUAUGUGCGUGGAUUCCUUCACCCAGGGCCUGCCCCUCUCCAAUUUUGUGCCACCCCCUCCGUCACCUGCCCCUUCCGACUACCCCUUCUCCCUGGACGAGGACUUGCUGAGGGCCUGGAACUCCACCACUUACCCCUCCACUGUCAGAGAGACGGUCACUUCUGCCCCAUCAUUGGCCAGCAUCAUCCACGAGCCCAUCAAGUGCACUUGCUCUAUGCAGGGCACCGGCUUUUCCUGCCCCAGCGGAGUCGGGGGCCACCCACCACAGAGGAAGGUGGUGACAGGCGACAUCCUGGUGGACAUUACUGGGCGCAAUGUUUCGGAGUACUUGCUGUAUACAUCAGACCGCUUUCGGCUGCAUCGGUACGGAGCGAUGACCUUUGGCAAUCUCCUGAAAUCCAUACCAGCAUCCUUUGGGGCCAAAGCUCCUCCCAUGGUGCAGAAAAUUGCUGUCCGGAGAGCUGCCCAGGUUUAUUACAACAACAAGGGCUACCACAGCAUGCCUACAUACCUCAACACCCUCAACAAUGCCAUCCUCCGUGCCAACUUGCCCAAGACCAGGGGGAACCCCGCUGCCUAUGGUAUCACCCUGACCAACCACCCUAUGAACAAAACCAGUGCCAGCCUCUCCCUGGAUUACCUCCUCCAGGGCACCGACGUGGUUAUCGCCAUCUUCAUCAUUGUGGCCAUGUCCUUUGUGCCGGCCAGCUUCGUGGUCUUCCUGGUGGCAGAGAAGUCCACCAAAGCCAAGCACCUCCAGUUUGUGAGCGGCUGUGACCCAGUGAUCUACUGGCUGGCCAAUUACGUCUGGGACAUGUUGAAUUACCUCGUCCCAGCAACCUGCUGCAUUAUCAUCCUCUUUGUGUUUGACCUGCCAGCAUACACCUCGCCCACCAACUUUCCAGCUGUGCUCUCUCUCUUCCUGCUUUAUGGCUGGUCCAUCACCCCCAUCAUGUACCCAGCAUCCUUCUGGUUUGAGGUGCCCAGCUCAGCUUACGUCUUUCUGAUUGUCAUCAACCUGUUCAUUGGCAUCACUGCCACUGUGGCCACAUUCCUGCUGCAGCUUUUUGAGCACGACAAGGACCUGAAAGUAGUGAACAGCUACUUAAAAAGCUGCUUCCUGAUUUUCCCAAACUACAACCUGGGCCAUGGGCUGAUGGAGAUGGCCUACAACGAAUACAUCAACGAAUACUAUGCUAAGAUUGGGCAAUUUGACAAAAUGAAGUCACCAUUCGAGUGGGACAUCGUGACCAGGGGCUUGGUUGCCAUGACAAUUGAAGGCUUUGUGGGCUUCUUCAUCACCAUCAUGUGCCAGUAUAAUUUCUUCCGGAAACCACAACGCCUUCCAGUGUCAAGCAAACCUGUUGAGGACGAUGUGGAUGUAGCAAAUGAGCGCCAUCGAGUCUUGCGGGGAGAUGCUGACAACGACAUGCUGAAGAUCGAGAACCUCACCAAGGUGUACAAAUCCCGCAAGAUUGGACGCAUCCUGGCCGUGGACCGACUGUGUGUGGGCGUCCGCCCAGGAGAGUGUUUUGGCUUGCUGGGUGUCAAUGGGGCCGGGAAGACUACCACCUUCAAAAUGCUCACAGGGGACGAGAGCACAACUGGUGGUGAGGCCUUCAUCAAUGGACACAGCAUCUUGAAGGACAUUCUCCAGGUACAGCAGAGCUUGGGCUACUGCCCACAGUUUGACGCUCUCUUUGAUGAGUUGACAGCACAAGAGCACCUGGAGCUGUACACCCGACUGCGCGGCAUUCCAUGGAAGGAUGAGGAGCGGGUUGUGAAGUGGGCACUAAAGAAGUUGGAGUUGGCCAAAUAUGCUAACAAACCUGCCAGCACCUACAGUGGCGGCAACAAGAGGAAGCUAUCUACAGCCAUUGCCCUUAUUGGCUACCCAGCCUUCAUUUUCCUGGAUGAACCAACCACUGGCAUGGAUCCAAAGGCCAGACGUUUCCUGUGGAACCUUAUCCUGGACAUCAUCAAGACAGGCCGCUCAGUGGUUUUGACAUCACACAGCAUGGAAGAGUGUGAGGCCCUCUGCACGCGCUUGGCAAUCAUGGUGAAUGGGCGCCUGAAGUGCCUGGGCAGCAUCCAGCACCUGAAAAACAGGUUUGGAGACGGCUACAUGAUCACGGUGCGGACCAAAUCCAGCCUGAAUGUGAAGGAGGUAGUGCGGUUCUUCAACAGGAACUUCCCAGAGGCUGUCCUCAAGGAGAGGCACCACACAAAGGUGCAGUACCAGCUGAAGUCAGAGCAGAUCUCGCUGGCUCAGGUCUUCAGCAAGAUGGAGCAAGUGGUGGACAUCUUGGGCAUCGAGGAUUAUUCUGUCAGUCAGACCACACUGGACAAUGUGUUUGUGAACUUCGCUAAGAAGCAGAGUGACAACCUAGAGCAGCAGGAGACCAGCCCGGCCUGUUCAAUGGAAUCGCCUCUCCAGCGCUUGCUGAACCUUCUGCGGCCCCGUGCAGCCCCAACUGAGCUGCGGGCCCUAGUGGUGGAGGAGCCCGAGGACUUGGAAACAGAUGACGAGGGCCUGAUCAGCUUUGAAGAGGAGCGGGCUCAGCUCUCCUUCAACACCGACACGCUCUGCUGAGGAGUGGAGAAGAUGCAAACCCCUCCCUUGGCUUUUGGAACCACCAUGGACUCCGCCUCCCCGCACCCCUUCCUUGACAUCUGCCUUCCUUGACCCUCCCCCACAACCUCCAUCAAACCUCUGCCUAGCGGUAGUCAACAACUGCAAGAGGCAGGUGGUCAGGGGGCCCACCGCACAAGCAUCUGAUCUGGGCAAUUUGCUCUGGGCGGUUCCAUGUUGGUGGCUGGCAAGACCUGCAGAAAAGGAACUGGUCUAGUUGUUGCAGGUGGGAGGACACACUGCCUGGAUUUUGUCUGCCAGGAGAGCAGGAGGGCUUGCUUAAAGGAGCAUUUUUCCAGAAGCAGGAGAAGAGAUGGAGACCUCCUGAGCCUAGAAGUUGUCAAUU